CACCCUGCAGGUUUCAGUCUGGAUCGAGUCCAGAUGUUGCGGUGGUGUUACUCAUCUUCAGAUUCUGGAAGUCCUGCUACAUUUAUCUGCUCUCUGUUGGUCCCGGGAACCUUCAGAGGUCAUGAAAAAGCAUUUUCCAUCAGUGGAAGAUAGAAAUGCAUUGGCAAAGUGCUUUGCUGUUGAACAGGUUGUUGCAGAUGAAUGCUCCGCCCGUCACUUCAUUCUUAAAAACAAGGAAAGUUUCAGGUGUACAGGUGCAGCUGCUCUCUAACAAGGAAAUAACCUGUGUGGCUUGAAAGGAGCUGGUGUUCUCCUUUAAAGGUGUGGGCGGGGAGCAGAGAGCAGAGUUGAGUUUCAGUGCCACCCCCCUUUUUUCUAUUCUCACACUCACACUGUAUUUGCAGUCGCAGUCACAGUCCAUGCAGGGAGCCACUUUGAGCUGCGUGUGUGCUUCGAUUAUAGCCUCAGACUUUACAGACCAUGAGUUUAAACGCCAUCAAUGAAGGAGCACGACACGUCACUGGGGAACUUCCACGGCGUGUCCACAGCUUUUUCAAAGGUCAUUGACCUCUGAGAAAGCACUGAUCCACUUUGACUUCUACUCGCCAAUGACACUGAACUUUAAGAUUUCGGAUAAGCACUUUAAUCCUGUGAGGAGAUGGCCACGGUGUAUAGACUCUAUGUGGGAAUAAUAACAGCUCUGACCUUAUGCAAAUACUGCCUCGCAGAGGGGAACGCGACCGUGGAGUCCACCAAUGGAACUGUAGACCACUGUCAUCACCAUGACAAUGGAGAUAAUUGCACAGACCCAAGAGAUAGAGACCCAUGGAGCGGCCACUUCUCAACAUGUCCCAAGGAACUAGAGCACUACUGUAUCCAUGGGGAGUGUCGUUACCUUCAAGAACAGAAGGCACCGUCUUGCAGGUGUCAGCAUGGUUACGUUGGCUUCAGGUGUGAAUAUUUGGACCUGGACUGGCGGAGAGGAGAGAAACGACAAAUCAUAAUUGCAUGCGUCAUUGCUGGGCUCGUGCUGCUCAUUCUUCUCAUUGUGUUCAUCUUCUUCUGUUCACAUCGUAGCUGCAGAUUGUGUUGGUGGAGGGGAAGACGGAGGGAAGAACCGAGGAACGUGUCAGAGAAGCUCAACAUGAUGGACACCAGAGCGCCACACACGAUCCCAACACCAGACUCAACAGAGCCGCCUGAAACAAACGUUUGAGGAGUCUUCAUGAAUCUGUGUGUGUCUGGGAACUGUUUAGAUAUGAGGGGAUUUGUCCUUCAUGUGGCACCUGCUGCGUUUCGUCUCACAGUAAUGGGAGCAUUGUGUCUCUGCGCUAGCCAGGACGGAGGCCCGCUCAGAGGAGGGGCAUUUGUGGAUAAAAUAUGUCUCUGGCUGUGUUCUAUCAAGCUGGAGCACAUGAAGUUUGCACCCCUUCUCUUAAAGGACGGCCUGUCUUGGAAACUUGGGGACAAAGAUGGAUUUAUGAUAAACAGUUGGGGAUGAGUGUCAGGCUGGUUGUACGCUGACAAGGACACUUUUUUCCAUUAUCAGCACUUGAAGCUUGCCACUGCUGCCUGCACAGCUCUCAUUACAUUGUUGCUAUUCUGGAAAAAAACGCUGAAACACUGAGACUGAGAGGAAGAAGACUUCAGUCCAUGUUCUCUUCGGGGAACUAUGUCAGGUUUAUAAAUCAUUGAAUGUAGAGAAAUACGAGCACCAGCAGCUACAGCGUCUACUUUGUUUACUUUUUUUUUGCUUUGGUGUCAUUUCACAAAUGCACAGUAAAAAUCGUAUUGAUCACUUAUUCCUCUGUGCACAGCAAUGUCUCCAAGGAAACUCACGUAGAAUAUUGUUACUGGUAAACACAGGCAAUGCAAGAAGAGUCUCCAGCAUUACUAAAGGUCGCAGGUCUGGACGGCCGAGGAGGACGAGGACAAGGAGAACUUGUGCUGGAGGGUUUUUUGAUCUGUAUUUGGAGCCGGCCAGCCUCCGAGCUGCAGCGGCAGAACAGCUGAGCCUGUGUGCAGAGGCUUGGCCAAAGUGAAAGUGCUCCACUGUAUGAAACACUUUCCAAACUGCCAGUGACGUGUGUCUGUGUGUGCAUUAAUUCUGCAUCUAAAUGUAGAAUGAGGACAUUUAGGAGGGAGUCGGUGAAGUCGGCUCCUGAUCUUUCC